AAAAAACUAAUGGGUAGACCCAGUUAUAAUAUCCAUUUCUUGUAACUAUUUUUCUUUUGCUAUAUUUCUUUAUACUUCCAGCUUCUUCUUCCCAAAACUGCUUCAACCUUCUGAAAUACUUUUCUGCUAUGACUUUCGUUUUAUUGAAAUAUUCAGGAAUGGAGAUAGACUCACAUAUGUCCUUAAAAGUCACAGUAAUAAAUUAUCAUUUUAUAGAUGUAAUGUCCACAUUAGGAUCAGAAGAGGAAGACAUAGAAUCAAGUUUUCAUUUGGAGCAGAGUUCCUCAGAGAGUCUUUCACAGAAGGAACUCAGUUUUUCAUCUGGGACUGCCAGUCAAACAGAUAAAGAAAUAGUAAAUUUACAAGUAGGAGAUUUGUCAGCAGAGCCAGACAUUUUACUGACAUCAGAGGAAGAGCAAGAAAAGCUUGAAGCAAGUGAAAGUAGCCAGUCACAGGUUGGCAAAGAAAGGAAGAAUCACAAGAGUAAUGAGAUAGAAGUAUCAAAAAACCUCUAUAAUAGUGAUGAUGACAGUGAUGAUGAUAGAUUAAUCCAACAAAGAAAGGUUGGAAAAACUGAUAAUCAGCAAUUUGCUAAGAAGGAGAAUGAAGAGUUGGAUAGGCCUGCAAAGAAAAUAUCCAAGAAAAAGAACAAGGUGAAAAACCUAAUGCAUUCUAUGAAGGACCUUGAUGACUUGUCUUGGUCACCUGAAAUGGCCUCAGGGGAUUGUGAGUUGCCUUCCUUUCACUAUAAGACUGUUAUGUCUCUCAUUAAACAACAUGAAAUAUGUUGUAAAGAUUCUGUUAGCUUAUCUGGAAUCCAGAAUGAAGUUUUUUCAUGCUUAAGAUUAAUAGAACUUCAAAAAAAUCACUGUCAACAACUUACAGUAAAAAAGAAAACAUUGGAAAAUAUGGUUAGUGUCCUAAAAAAGAAGCUAUCUGAAACAAAAGAAAUAAAAUCACAAUUAGAACAUCAAAAUGUUAAAUGGGAAGGAGAACUCUACAGUUUAAGAUUUACCUUAAAACAAGAAGAAGAAAAAAGAAGAAAUGCUGAAAUAUUAUAUGAAAAAAUGAGAGAGAAGUUAAUGGAAAAAGAGCAAUAUACAAAAGAAACAGAAAUGAAGCAUCAACUUAGACAGACUCCACAUGAUACGGAAUUGAAAACUAUAAGAAAUUAUUCAAAUCAGAUUUCUUGUAGUCAUGAGAAAGAAAAAGACAUGUUGCAUGAAAAUCCCAUGUGGCAAGAUGAAACAGCCAGGCUAAGACUAGAAAUUGACCUAAUAAAAAAGGAGAACCAGAAAAAAGAAAAGAAAUAUCUUGAGGAUCUUGAACUUUUACAAGAAAGGAAUGAUGACAUUCAAAAUGCCUUAAAACAGAAGGAGAAACUAUUAACCCAGUAUAGUGGAGACCUCUGUAUUCUGAGAGCUGAGAACCAACUACUGGGUUCUAGACUGGAGAAAGAAAAACAAAAUAAAGAAAGACUGAGUACAGAAGUUGAAUCUUACCGCUCUAGACUGACUACUACUAUUCGUGAUCGUGAUGAAAACGUGACAAUAAAAAAAGAUCUAGAGCUUAAUUUCCACAGUGCAGCAGGUGACUGGUGUUGCUUACAGAAAAAUCUGAAUCUUCAAGUUACUUAUCUUUGUCAACAACUUUCUAAAGCUGACAGUAAAUCUGAUAGCCUUGAAGUUGAGCUUGACCACACAAGACAGGCACUCAAAGAAAAGACUUUGGUUUUACAAACUGUGCAAAGAGAUCUAAGCCAAAGCCAGUGUCAAAAGAAGGAAAUCGAACAAAUGUAUGAAAACAAACGAACUGAAAUGAAUAAAUACAUUGCAAAGCAGAAAUGUAUAAAGGAGAAAUUAUCCCAAUUACAAAAUGAAAAUAUGUUACUUCGGCAACAACUGAAGACUGCUCAUGACCAAGCUGAUAUUAGAGAAAAGACAAUGACUGAUAUCCAAGACCAAUUUCACAAUAUUGUAAUAAAAUGUCAAGAUGAGAGUAAAAAGCAAAGUCUUCUGUUAGCAGAGAAAAAUAAAGAGUUAAUUAAAGAAUGUAAUAAUUUAAAAGAAAGACAGUAUGAAUGUUUGAAAGAGAAAGCAGAAACUGAAGCAGUUGUGAGACAACUUCAGCAAGAGCUGGCUGAUACUGUACAAAACCUGUCUAGGUCCAAAACUUCUCUACAUAUUAUGUCACAUUGUCAAGAUGAAGCUGCCCAGGAUUCAAAGAAGAUACUAAAUCAAAUCACAAGUCAAUUGGAAGAAGCCCAAGAUCAACUAAAACAGACUACAAGACAUGCUGAGAAGAUGCAAGAUGACAUGAAAAAGCUCAAAAUAAAAAAUUCAAAGUUAAAAGUCAUAAUCAGACAGCAAGUCGACAAACUUAAGCAGCAUGAGAAAAACCUGUUAAGUGCAAGAGCGACACAAACAUCAUGUCAAGAAGAUUUACAGCAUACUGGUACCACAGAAACUAUGACAGAACUUAGUAGUUCACAUUCCAAAUCUAAGCUCUCCACAGUAGAAACUUCUCAAGAAGAUGAUGAUAAAACAAUAAUUGGAAAAUAUAAGCCACGCUAUCUAAAAGAGUUAAAAGAUAGAAAAUUAUUGUCUAAUGAACUAAGCAUAGCUCAUGACACUCUAGUAGAGGUUAAGACUAAACUGCUCGAAGAGAAACAGAAGAGCAGAUCUUUAAGUGCCUCUCUGACUGCAACACCUUGUGUUGAAAAUAUUAAGGAAAGUUUAGUUUCAACAGAAAAUUUACCCCAAGGAAAAACAGUGAUCCCUGCAUCAAGCCCAGAAGACUUCGAAUAAAAGCCUGGUUAAACCACUUGACUAAGAUGCAGGAGUUUGGAGAAAACAAAUGACCUAGAAGAAGCUGCUUCUGAAUAUGCAUCUGGAUCCCAUAUAUCUUCUCCUGUAACCUCUUGAUGUGUUAAUUGUAAAUCAAGAUCUAGAAAUAUGUACAAAUUUUACAGAAAAAAAAAUCUAUGAACUUAAAGAUAAUAAAACUAUAUUACUAGGCUA